AUUGACGUUGCUCGCAGGAGAGACAAGCAAGGCCGGCGAAAAUGACACAACUUUCACGUCGCAGGAGGAAAUAGUUCAGCUGUGUGGAGAGGUUUUUGGUUUCGGGGUGGGAAACGGGAUUAUGCCGUUGGCGGUUUACCGAUGAGAUGUUUUCCGCGAGUGUCGUCAUCAAAUCUCAACUGCUAAACCAGUUCCACAUCCUCAACAGGCGACAUAUACUGGCUCUGACUUGUAUUAGUACACACAACAACAACAACAAUUCCAGCAAACUAAUUCAGAGGCGCAACUUGACGCACCAAGGCAACAGCCUGAUAGCACACCGAAACAGAUUGUGUUUGGAUACUACGCAUCUACUUGUUGGGAGUGUAGCCAGUAGAGAGAUGGCUUCUGCAGCUUCUACCAGUGGAAACAAGACCAACCGGUUGGUGCAUGAGAGAUCUCCAUACCUUCUGCAGCAUGCCAACAACCCAGUUGAUUGGUAUCCAUGGAGCGAGGAGGCCUUCGAUAAGGCUAAAAAAGAGAACAAAGUCAUCUUCUUGUCAGUUGGAUAUUCCACUUGUCAUUGGUGUCAUGUCAUGGAGAGGGAAUCGUUCGAGUCUGAGGAAGUGGCGAAAAUAUUGAAUCAGCAUUUCGUCAGCAUCAAAGUGGACAGAGAGGAGCGUCCUGAUGUAGACAGGAUUUACAUGUCUUACGUGCAGAAGACGUCAGGCGGAGGCGGUUGGCCAAUGUCCGUCUUUCUAACGCCGAAUUUGGAACCGCUUUACGGAGGAACGUAUUUUCCACCGGAGGAUAAAUACGGCAGAUUGGGCUUCAUGUCUCUGCUGCAAAUGAUCGCGAAGCAAUGGAACGAGAAGCACAGCACUCUGUACAUCGAAGCGCGCAAAGGCGUCUUGGAGAUGCAGCGUCUAGCGAACAUCAAAUUCACGAACUCGUCUUCAGUUCCCGGGGAGGAGGCGUGGAGGAAGUGCAUGAAGCAGCUGUGCCAGUUCUACGAGGAAGUCAGCGGAGGUUUCUCCGAAGCGCCCAAAUUUCCGCAACCCACCAUCUUUAACUUCCUUUUUCACUUGUACGGCAAAAACAGAAAAACAGAAGAAGGUAAAAUCGCUCUGGACAUGUGUCUGCAUACGCUGAAGAAGAUGGCUUAUGGCGGUAUACACGAUCACGUGAAUUGCGGAUUCGCCAGAUACUCCGUGGACGGUAAAUGGCACGUGCCUCACUUCGAAAAGAUGCUUUACGAUCAAGCGCAGCUCGUCGUCUCCUACAUCGACGCUUACGUCUGCACUAAGGAUAAAUUCUACGAGGAGAUCGUUGAUGAUAUCCUGAAAUACGUUAACCGCGAUUUGGGUCACGUGGAAGGCGGAUUCUACGGGGCCGAAGAUGCUGAUUCUUAUCCCACCGAACAGGCUGAGAAGAAGCAGGAAGGCGCGUUCUGCGUAUGGGAGUACGACGAAAUCAGAGAGUUGCUUAAAGACGACAAGGAGUUUGAGGUUUACUGUUACCAUUUCGCCGUGAAGGAGGGUGGAAACGUUGAAGCGCGUUACGAUCCCCACGGUGAAUUGAUCCACAAGAACGUGUUGUGCUGUUUCGGCACAUACGAGGAGACCGCAGAGCAUUUCGAGAUGUCCGUCGAUGAUCUCAAGAAACUCUUAGCUAAAUGCAACGAGAUUCUGUACGUCGAGCGAUCCUCCAGACCGAAACCGCAGACCGACACCAAAAUCGUCACAUCCUGGAACGGCUUGAUGAUGGGCGCUUUCGCCAAAGCCGGAUUCGCUCUCAAGAAAUCCGAUUACACUGAACGUGCUGUUCUUUCUGCCAAGUUUAUCAAGAAGAAUUUGUACAUGGAUAACGGCAGCUUGCUGAGGUGUUGCUACUUGGGAGACGAUGGAAACGUUUCACAGACAGACGCGCCUAUACAAGGAUUUUUGGAUGAUUACGCUUUCUUGAUUCGCGGUUUGCUCGAUUUGUACGAGGCGACUUUAGACAGCUCGUGGCUUCAAUGGGCGGAAGCUUUGCAGGAGAAACAAGAUCUUCUCUUCUGGGAUCCAAAGAACUACGGGUACUUCACCACAUCUCCCAAUGACAGCACCAUCAUUGUAAGGGACAAAGAAGAUCAAGACGGCGCCGAGCCCUGCGGGAAUUCCGUCUCCGUGCACAACCUAAUUAGGCUGGCCGCCUACAUGGACAGGCAGGAUCUGCGGCAGAAGGCCGAGAAGACGUUGUCCUCCUUUUCCGAGCGGCUGCUGAAAAUUCCGCUCGCUCUGCCCGAGAUGACCUCGGCCUUAAUGCUCUACCAUUCGACACCUACCCAAGUCUUCAUCGCCGGAGAGACGGACGCCAACGAAACGCAAGCCCUUCUGGACGUGGUAAGAACCCGGUUCAUACCAGGCCGCAUCCUGGCGAUGGCCGACGGCCCACAAGGACGCGGCGGACUCCUCUACGCCAGGCACGAAUCCCUGGCCAAGCUUCAUCCGAUCCAAGGAAAACCUGCUGCCUACGUCUGCAGGAACUUUGCCUGUUCUCUACCCGUCACCAACCCGGAGGAUCUGGCCACUUCGUUGGACUCUGAGUGUAAGAAACCCGGGGAAUGAUAUGCACGCAAACUGAAAUCGUUCAUCGCUCAUUUCAUUCGGAGAUAGCCGCAUCCUCUACCAAGCUUCAGAGCCGGGAAUUCCUAACGUCUCUCUGUUUUUCUUGUUCUCUUUUAUAGGUUGAGGCGCGACUUUGGGUGGUGGUGUGGCGUUUUUCGAAAAACAAAGGUAAUAAUAACAGAAUCAGAGAUAUUCUGACGGAAGCAAAACGAAAAGAAAACUCACCCAUCAAUCCCAAUCCUUUUCCUUCUUCCCGUUAUUAUAAAGUAAACUUGUCCUGUCUCCUCUCUCACGCUCCCAGUUAUCCAUCUUAAUCUGUCAAAGUUGAUUGACGUCAAGCCGUCUAAUUGUUUAGAAGCCGCCUCCGAAAUCAUUGAUUGAGGUUCCAAUAGAUUAGCGUAGCAAAACGUUACAAAUCCAACAAUUACAAAAAAAA